AUGUGGAGCUUGUGGAAGCGUAGGAAUUUAAAAUUGUGGCAACAACAAAAUGAAACAUGUCUACAAGUUGUUGAACGGGCCCGACACCUCUUAGAUGAUUGGAGAACCGCCCAAGAAGUCAGAUCGCACAAAGCUACAGACAUCCCUGCUCAGCCGAAUAGUGUUAUCCAUGGUCCUGUCAUCGAGUGGACGAGGCCGGCAUAUGGUAGGUACAAAUGUAAUAUUGAUGCCUCCUUUUCUGACUCUCUGAAUAUGGUAGGUAUUGGCAUAUGCAUCUGUGAUGAUCAAGGUGAGUUUUUCAUGGCUAAGACAGACUGUUCCUCACCUCUUUGUGAUGUUGAUGUUGGCGAGGCAGUUGGACUUCACAUGGCACUACAAUGGGUGGCUGAUCUUCAUUAUGACAAUGUUGAUUUUGUUUUGGAUUCCAAGUUUGUUGUUGAACAUUUUAAUUCAAACCUAGGUGAUAGUAGUGAACUAGGUUGUAUUAUUCAGGCUUGUAGGCAGUUGUUCGAUUGUAAUUUUCAGAACUCUCAUGUUGAGUUCAAUAGGAGGCAAGCCAAUGAGGUCUCUAUUUAUAGCACUGGGUUGGGACUAGGGUUUGUUGAGAAUGAGCAGAAAACCAGUAGCUUGUGGAGGAGAAAAGGGACUUGUUUCUGUUCCGGUUUUUUGCAGAUAAGGCUGGGAAUUGGAUUGGGAUGGAGAAAGAAAGAAAACGCGUACUGGAUUUGUUUCAGAGGAAGCGUGAACUGGAUUUGGACUGGAACAGCAUACGCGUGA